CCCAGAGCUUAGUCCUCUCCUGCCUUUCCACAAGCCUGUGCGUAAUGGUAGAGCAGAGAAUGAACUCUCUUGUGAAAUGGGCGCUUAUCCUCUUCGUCCUGGUCUCCAUCAUUCUCAACAUAGUUCUGAUCGGGAUCCACUCCAGCAGGGCGCCCAAAUGUUCCGCUCAGCGUGUCCAGCCGCUGCGGGUCAAGCACGACGAGCGCAGCGUCGUGUUCGCUGACCUCACUCGGGAGGAGUACCUGCAGGUCCAACAGUACAUGCUCAAGCAAAAAGAAUUGGAUAUAUCCACCAGCCAGCUCACUAAACCAGGGGAAAACUUCUUGUUUUUAAUAGACUUAUCUUUGCCAAAGAAAGGGGACGCGCUGGCAUUCUUGGACGGUAAAGCUGCCAAGCCGGCCAGAGAGGCGACGGUGGUGGUCUUUCAUGGUGCGCAAGGCUACAUUAAGGAGUACGUAGUGGGACCUCUUCCAAACCCAACAUACAUCAAUGAUGUCACCAAAGAGAGGUACAAGAUGGAGCUGCCUAUCACUGCGCGCACCGUCACAAUUGGAGAAUACGCAUUGCUUUUCAACUUUUUUGAGCAACAUGUUUUCUCCAAACUUAAGAAGCUCAUGAAAGAAAGCUUUGACGUAGGGGCAGACAAACAGUUGAAUGCGUUUGAGCAGAUGCCUCGUGGAGUCCGAUCAGGGGACAGAAAGACCUGGGUUUCUUUCUUCAGAGAUAUGAGCGGCAUGUACAUCCACCCGGCUGGUUUCGAGGUACAGGUCAACCACGAGAGCCUAAACGCUUCCAACUGGAAAGUGGAGCGGCUGCUUUAUAACGGCCAAUACUUUGACACUGUAGAAGAACUAAAGCAGAAAUAUGAAGCUGGGUCUGUAAAGAAAAUCGUUUACAAGGAGUCAGCUGACUAUGGGUCACUGAAACCAAAGCACAAGCAUCAGCAGGUCGGUCCGCAGCUGUUUACCGUGGAUGGUAAACGCUACAGCAUCAGCAACAACCACGUUGUGUAUCUGGACUGGAGCUUUGCCUUUGGGCUGAGCUCACUUACAGGCGCGAGGGUUUUUGAUGUGCGCUUCAGGGGUGAGAGGAUCGUCUACGAACUGAGCGUGCAAGAGGCCAUGUCUGUGUACGGUUCAGUGACUCCUGGGAUGAUGAUGACGAAGUUUUUAGACACCAGCAUCGGGAUAGGGCGCUUUGCCCACGAACUAACCCGUGGUGUGGACUGCCCCUACGACGCCACCUACAUCGACACGUACCGCUAUAUCGAUGUCCCAGCCCCGGUCAGAUACCGUAAUUCAAUAUGCGUCUUUGAACACAAUAUGGGCCAGCCCUUACGGAGGCACUUCGCUGACUUUUUCCACAACAACUACGGGGGGAUGGUUAACAACGCCUUGGUGUUCAGGACAAUCACAGCAAUAGGGAACUAUGACUACAUGUGGGAUUUUAUCUUCUACCAGAGCGGAUCAGUGGAAGCCAAGGUGCAUGCCACCGGCUACAUUUCUUCUUCUUACCUGAUGGACGGUAGUCUGAAAUAUGGACACCAGGUGGCGGAUAAGGUGCUUGGGAACAUUCACACUCACUUUAUAAACUUCAAGGUUGAUCUGGAUGUGAUGGGUCUUAAGAAUGUUUUCCAGACCAAAGAUAUGGAAUAUGUCAACAUGUCUCUUCCAUGGAUGCCUGAUCACUACGCUAUGGUCCCUCAGCUUGUGGAGAAACAACUGAAAACAGAAAAGGAAGCUGCUCUGCGUUAUAACACCAAGACUCCACGCUACCUCCACAUUGCCAGCAACCAGACCAAUCGAUGGGGUCACAAUCGCUCCUACAGGCUGCAGGUGUUCAGCUUCACCGGGGACCACCUCCCAGAGAGCCAGGCAGAAGAGAAGUCCAUGUCCUGGGCUAGAUAUAAGGUUGCCAUCACCAAGCACAAGGAUUUAGAACGGACCAGCUCUAGUUUGUACAGUCAAAAUAACAUGUGGACUCCAGCUGUGGACUUCAGCAAGUACAUUGAAGACAAUGAAAACAUUGAAAACGAGGAUCUGGUUGCCUGGGUGACCACCGGUUUUCUCCACAUCCCCCAUGCAGAGGACAUCCCCAACACAGUCACAGUGGGCAACGGGGGAGGGGUCAUUCUGCGGCCACACAACUACUUUGAUGAGGAUCCUUCCAUCCACUCUGCUGAUGGGGUGUACAUUGAACCAGGCACUGAAGACAGCUGUGAAAACAACAGGAUGGCCUGCCUUGCUCAAGAGGCAUGCAGUCCUGUUCUGGAACCCUUCACCUACCAUGGCUUCGAAGGAGUCAUGAAGUUUGAGGAUUAGGUCUGAUCUACUGAGUGCUGCAAGGUUGGAUUUCCUGAAGGGAUAGUUUUAUGUUCACCUCUUCAAUAUGAGCCAGCCAAUAUGAGCCAUGCAGUGUCCCUCCAAAGCAACAGGAAGGAGAUAAUUCAAAACAAUCUCUGCCUACUUCUUACAACUCAACAAUAACAUGAAAGAAGACUGUUUAUUGUGAUACAUUAGCCUUGUCAACCAAGGUUUUGAAAUCUGAUAGAAGAGAAGAGAAGAGAAACCCGGACUGGAUUAACCCAAAGGGGGGUUUCAUAGAACUUCCGCCCCCCUUACACAAUGACCACAGGUCUUUACUUACCAUUUCAAAUUAUUCCGUUAUAUGCACAAAUGUAAGACUGGUAACUCAACAGAGGUCAACAUGUCUUAAAUUAUGUCCAUGUGCUUACUGUAAUAAGACAAGGCUAGCUUAUGUCAAGAGUACCUUUCAUUAAGAAGUGUUAAAGGUAAUAAAAACAUAAAAACCAAUAGAUUUGGAUAACGUUUACAUUCAAUUUCUUAAAAUGAUCUCAAAGUAAAAGUCACACUUUGCACCUUGGGCAGUUUGGAAAAGCCCUGUUGAUGAUAUUUCAGCCGUGGUGGAAAAUAUUAGUGCAUUAGGGCGACUUCAAUCUGAGUUGUACUAUAUGAUUUCAAUUGUACUUCUUUAAGGUGUCAAAGUUACUGUAUAUUGUGGUUCAGUCCCUGUGUUUGUAUAGUUCAUUGAAAUAAUCCUCACCUCAGGUCAUAUACCAAUACCAAUUCAGCCAUACUCAGUUACAUACAUGUAGCAUACUUGGUGUACUUCAUGGAUUCUAAGUAUCCAAAUAAAGGCCCAGCAUCUAAUUCUAUACCAUACUAUACCGGCUGCUCUGUUAGUCAAAAAGCUUAUUUCAGUUUAAUUUGGCUACUUAUGUCAGUACCUUUCCAUGUAGUACACUUUGUAAGCUAUGUAGUUGAGUAAGACUGAAUUCUGAUUGUGCAGUGUUGGCUCAAAUCUAACAGAGUAGUUGUGCACUCACCAGCAAUGAUGAUGAUGGCACUUAUUUUUAACAGCAAUUUGCAACAAGUUGGAGCAUUAUUUCCGCCAUUUGAACAUGAUUUUCACACUUCAAAAUAUCUCUCACUUAGUUCACCUUACUCAGUUUAAUUUUACUACAACCAAUAAAUAUGAAAUUACUUUAA